AUGCUCCCAUUCUCAACACUCCUUUUGCGGUCGUACUACGCGGAGACAGGAUGGAACGAAGAUAACCUCUACUCGAACCUGACGCGGAGCUCUGCUGCACCUCGAAUGCGUAUGGAUCAGGAUCAGCUGACAUUCAGUGACUUCCCCGUCCCCGAGUCCUUGAUCUUGCAGCUCGCAAAUGCGCCGAGUCCGAUCUUCUUCAACAGCUAUGCGCUUGAUGCCCUUCCGCAGCUGAACGGGAGCAUGAGCUAUGUGACGAGCAGUCUGCCGUUGACAAGUCAGAUUGGCUCGUCGCGCACGAUGCCCUUCCGCGACGUUGUCGAGCGUUUCCGCCUGUACCCGCCGCCGCAGCGGCCAAGCGUGGAUGAGAUCUGGAUUGAUGGAAAGCGGGUGGACAAAAGAGACUACUUCCUCUACUCGCGCCUGCACUUCCCAUCGUUCCACUUGUCGGGUCUUGCGACAACGCGUGUCAGCUCGACUCUUCAGGCUCAGCUGGCAUUCACUCACCAGCCGACCAUGGCUCGAUUGCGAUUCACGCCGAGGGGAGAGGUCGCACAGAAGGCGAGCUCGGCUCACCCACCAGGCAACCUGCUGCUGUCGCUGCAGCAUGACACGGGACAGUACUCGGGAGAGUACACGUACUCUGCGUCUGACGGAAUGUUUGGCGUCAGGGGGCUGUACAACUUCGGCUGGCAGGAUGAGGAGGCGAAGAAGGAAGCAAGGGCUGCGGAAGGCGAGGGUCACGCCAGCCGGAUCGAGGACGACGAGGACAUGCUAGAGGGCGGUCUACGGGGAAGAUUCAGCGCUGGCGGAGAGGUUUAUCUCUCGCUGAAGCAGCGAAGUCUAGGAGGUGGGUUGUCCCAAGGUGGGGCCUAA